AUGGACCCCUCGAGCAUACCAGGCCAGCAAAAGAUGCGCCAACAGGCGCCACGCAGAUAUGACGGGCAAAAUGGCAAUCCUGCAUACAAGACUGAGCAUUCAGGUCACUAUGGUGCGAGCGCGUCAAUAGCCGCUUCAGGCCACGCGCCAGAUCCACAACUAUUCACAGGCUCGUGGGCCAAUGUCAAUCAAGGUCUUAACGGACAAUACCGCGAUAUCCUUAAUACCUAUUGGCAGCAUCAGAUCACGAAGCUGGAGACGGAGGAUCAUGACUACAAAAUACACCCUUUGCCUCUGGCAAGAAUCAAAAAGGUCAUGAAGGCCGAUCCAGAAGUCAAGAUGAUAUCCGCGGAAGCCCCCAUUCUUUUCGCAAAGGGUUGCGACAUCUUCAUCACAGAGCUUACCAUGCGUGCCUGGAUUCACGCUGAGGAGAACAAGCGCCGCACUCUACAGCGUUCCGACAUUGCGUCUGCGUUGAUCAAAUCGGAUAUGUUCGACUUCCUUAUCGACAUUGUUCCACGCGAGGAUGCUAGCCCACACAAGCGGACUGGAGGACAAUCAGCGCCUGCGCCAGCUGCACCAGCUGCAGUCCAGCAAGGUGUUCCACCGAUGGGUAUGCAUACGCAGCAGUAUCCUAUGGGACCACCGGAACAUAUGAGUCAACACAUAUCUGAGCAAGAGUACAAGGGACCUCCGGGAAUGUUCCCACCAGGUGUACCAGAUCCAUCAGCCGGCUACCCACAGGCGCAGCAGCAGAUGUUUGAUCAGAGCAUGUACGCACCGUACGGCAUGCAACAACCGCAAAUGUACUCUGUCCCCCAGAGGGGACCUGACCAUUCAGGUGCACAAGACCCGCAAAACUAUCGACAACAUGAUCCGGAGGCUGAUGCAGAGGGAGAGCGCGAGGACUAUGGUCCUUGA